UUUUAAUGAAAUUUGUUCUGAAAACAUGAGUUCUGGUUUAUCGUUUGUUUUUUUGUGAACAAUGAAUGCUGAUGUAAUAUUCUGUAUCUUCAUGUUUCAGUUAUAUAAGCUGUUAUUUUAGUGUGCCAGGCUGCUAAUAGUCUUGUGAUCUAAUUCAACUGAAACAUCUCUUUUUACUGAAUUAGCCUAAUGGAAUUGUCCUCGUAUUUACAACUGCAUGAGUAAAUCUCUCCAGGAACUUCUAUGAAGAACUUUAAAAUCUUUUGUACUAGAGUCUAGUGUGUAAUAAGCCUCAAGGUUUCAUAAAUGUCGCAACAAUUUCCUCGAGAAGCUAGCUACUGGCUAACCUAGAAAUGGUGUGAAGAAAAAUACUUACUGGUUAAAGAUGUUUCCCUGUCGCGUUCGAUUGUUCAAUUUAGCUUAUUUCUGUAGUUCAAACCUACGUUCUAACGGUGAUAUAUGUGUUCCUAUUAUUUUCCGCAAAUAUUGUUCCAAACUGCCUGCUAACGAAACUGAAAAAAUCCCUACUGCCGAUCGUUACCGAUACACACCUAAGAAUUCCUAUAAUACCACACAACAAUUCCAAUGUUCGUCAAACAUUCAACCCUUAAGGUUAAAACCUAAUUCAAAUGAAACAGCUCUGGAGUUAAAAUAUAGAACAGUUUAUGAGGAAACCUGGCGUUGGCUGGAUGAAUAUUGGUCUUCAUACAAUCUCUCUUACUUGAAGGCAAAGAACGCAUAUUUGGAGGAGAAGAAGAAGAUAAGUAUGGAAGAGCAUAAAGCUGAUCCAUGUGAACGGAAAGUUACAGAUCUGGGAGCAUUUCAUCGGGAGUUUCUAGCAGACAAUAAAAAGAGAAGAAUUAAUUUUAAUGUAUGUAAUUAUGCAUGAAGGUGGCUCAACCCACUUAUGUACAGCUUAUUAUUCAAAGUAAAUGUGGUACAGACGAGUUACAUUUGACCAAGAAAACUGGAUGGGCUUCAUUAUUGAGCAGAAACAGGCCGGUGGUAUGUGAGUUUAACAGAGUUGAUGAAAAUGAUUGGAUUGCUUGGAGCUAUAACUCAUUAUCACGGUGACUACUUCUCACUGUAGAGCUGUGAGUUUGAUAUCACGCUAUCAACUUGUCUUUAGUUAGUCAGGCAUAAUCGUCUUCCUAUACCUUAAAGAUAUAGGUACUUCGUAAUAUAUAAGACCUUGCUUGACUGGUAAGAUGGUUACACCUUCUGACUACCAUAAAACGAUACAAGGAAUAUUUUGCAUCAGUAAUCGUGGUGACAUAAGGUUUUAUAUCAUUUCGAUUAUACUGUUCCAUUUACUUGGGCGAAAUCUUAAUGCAUGAGGUUUAUAAUCUUUAUUUCAUGCUUGGAAUACUUUGUUAUAUUGUGGUAAAGGUCAGUUCAAACUUGUGAAGGAGUAAGCUUUAUUGAAUUGUACCAUGUUUAAGUAAAAUUUUGUGUGCAUAACAAUCAUUGAAUAGUCUAAACGUUUUGAAACCACUGUUGAAGUAGCAUAGUUAGUCUUAGUUACACUUUUAUUCAACUCAUUUAAUCCUAAUUGGAUGAUUCAUUUCUGUUGAGAAGUAAGUAGUUGAACAUUUGACCUGUGUAUCUGUAAUCAGUCAUUAUUUCUGUAAUAAUAAUAAUAAUAAUAAUAAUAAUAAUAAUAAUGGCAACUUUAUUCCAAACAACACAUCUAGUACAGUACGGAAUUCUCCGUAUGUAAUGGUACAAAGGUUAAUUCUCUGUACAAUAUUUUUAAGAGAAAUAUUCAUUGCACUUGAACAAUGUUAAUAAUAACAGUAAUAAAAACCACAAUGUGUAACAAUCACCUGGUAUUACAUUAGCGUAUAGUUUGGACUAAUGAAUAAAUAGAAAAUCGAGCGUAAUUCUGGUGGUUAUAGUUAAUCCAGCCAGUAAUUCGAUAUAGUUAUCCAUGGAAUAGUAAUGAACUAUAUUUCUGUGCGUUUAUAAGCUCAUCUCUUACCAGCGUAUCGUUUUAUCUUUGUUUUGCUGUUCGCUGGAAAAACCGUGUGGAACCAUUUUAAAAAUGUGCAAGAGAAAAUGACGCGUUUAAAGAUAUAUUCAAAAGAUUAAAACAAAUUGAAGGGAAGGAAUUUGAUGAAAUAUAUUCGGUGGGGAAUUUUCGGUAGCUCAAAGUUUAAGCAAGUCACCUGUGUCAUAGGUAUCACACAACAUUUGAAUUCACCCACUGCAGGAUUUCAAUACUACCUCAAAUUACUUUUUCUUCUAGUCGUGAACAAUAGCUGGGUUUAAGCGACUCGUAGUUCGCCAUGAUAAGUUUUCUGUGCACUAGUCUGAGUAAUAUAUCUACUUCAAAUAUUGUCACAUAGUUUUACUGAAAAUUAUAUGCUAAAUUCAAAGUAAAACGAUCCAUUUUCUGGAUAAAUCGUAAAACUUUAAAAUGGGGACGGAACGUCGUUCUGCAGUGCUUUCCUAUGUGUGUAGAAAGUUGGUCGUAUUUUAAAGUGCAACUAGUCCUUGAAGUGUUCAUUAUACCUAUCACACAGCAACAUAAUAACAUUUAUGAAAAAUAUUUCCUUAUUCAGUAUGUUAUAUGCGGUAGAUCUUAUUGAGAAGCUUAUACAGCAAGCAGCACAUUAUUACCAUAUCUUACAGUCAACUAACUACUCAGUGUCAUAUGCGAGAGGUUUCUUUACUUUAGUCAAUGGUAUAAGGAUCAAAUAAGAUGGAUAUAUCUUAAGCGUUGUUGUGAUUAGCAUUGACCAGAGAAUUUAACCGUUAAUAGACUUGUGAACCUAUUUCAGACUUAAUUGUUUGUAAGAGGAAAUUAGUUUUCAAUCAAUUCAGAGAGAAUCAGGUAGUUGAAUAAUAGUCACGAGUAUUGCCAUAAAUCACCAAAUUCUUUCAGUUCUAAAGUGAUCUAAUUAUAUGUAAAGUCACAAAGAUCGGCGUUUCACUGAAGUGAUCUUCUUUGAAUAAUAUCGAUUAACUGGUUCACCUGAUGAAAACAGUCUAUAAUUAAUGAUACCACAUGGACAUGGUGUAUUCUUCGGUGUAUCUAUGCCAAUCAACCUGGUCACAAAACAACUGCAUCUAUGUAUCACAGCUUAUAAAAUUUCAUAUUAUUGUGGUUUUUUGGUGACUUUUAAAGUCGCCAGUUUCUACGACUGGUUGUAAUUAUACUUAUUAGUUUGGACCUCUUUAAGAUGUGUGGUCAAUUACCCAAAAAUCUUUUAUUUUUCUAUACGUCCAGAAUGCAUCGUUUAGUAUCACUGUACAAUGCAAUUAUUUAUUUUUCAUUUCUUUUAUUUCAGCGAAUGGUACAAACGUAUCGCGUA